AUGAGGACGCAGAGCGACGGUGACGCCGGUGCCUCGCGCGAGGAGGCCCUCUCCCUUGGCAAGGUUGUGAACUUCUCGUGGGAGAAUCUGACCUACCGCGUCCCCGUGGAGGACGACGACGGCAACGUCACGUACAAGACGCUGCUCUACAAUCUGAGCGGGACCGCCCUCGGUGGGCGUGUCUUGGCAAUCAUGGGGCCGUCGGGCGCCGGCAAAACGACGCUCAUGGGCACCAUCACGGGCAAGCUGUACAACGCCAAGGCAAAGUUGGAUGGGUGUUGCUUUCUGAACAACACAAUCUACUCGCAGCGGUACAAGAAGCUGGUGUCGUACGUCUCACAGGACGAUAUCGUCAUGGGCAAGGAGACUCCGCGCGAGGCGAUCAAAUUUGCGUGUCGUGUCCGCCUUGGGCUGAACAUGGAGGAGUCGGAGAAACUUGUGGACGAGGUGAUUUCACGGCUCCACAUCACGGAGUGCCAGCACACCGUCUUGGGCAUUCCGGGCAUCUUGAAGGGGGUCUCUGGUGGUGAGCGAAAGCGGGCGAACGUGGGGACCGAGCUUGUGACGAAUCCCUGCGUCAUGCUGCUGGACGAGCCAACCACCGGCCUGGACUCGGUCAACGCCCUGCGCGUUGGAAAAAUGCUUCAAGAAUUGGCAAGGAGGGACAUGCGGACAGUCAUCGCAACGGUGCACUCGCCGUCGUCUGAUUUAUUUGACGUCUUUGACGACCUGCUUCUUCUCGCAAAGGGCCGUGUCAUCUAUCAUGGCCCCACAGAGGAAUCUGUGGCCUACUUUGCCAGCUUGGGCUACCAGGUUCCGCCCCGCACAAACCCCAGUGAGUACUUCAUGAACAUCUUGCAGCUUCCAGACG